AUGGACAGCGGAGGCAACAAUACCACAUUAUAUGAAGACGUUGGCUUAUUCCCAACAGAAUAUACACUUCAUAAAGAUAUGAAUCCAGGUGAUAACAUACUGGAGAAUUUGGUGUGGCCAAUUGAAAAAUGUGUAGAAAACUUACUUCGUAAUGGUACACAGCCAGAAAAUAUAACGGAAAUCACAUUAGUUUAUAACGGUACUAAAGUUACGUGUCUAUCACAUGCCCCAAUUUUGACUAAAAGCACAAUAAUUAGGGCAAGUGUUUUAUCAGCAAUGGCAGUUUUAUCUUUUUUUGGCAAUCUGGCUACAAUCGUGAGUAUCCAGCGAGGUAAAAGGAGUCGCGGCAGAGCGAGACCUUCAUGGACAGCAAUAUACAGUUUAAUAUUCCAACUAAGUAUAGCUGACUUACUAGUGACGGUGUUCUGUUUAGCUGGAGAAGCAGCGUGGUCACUAACAGUUGAAUGGUACGGUGGAAAUAUUGGUUGUAAAUUAUUCAAGUUUCUUCAAAUGUUUGCCCUGUAUUUAAGUACUUUUGUGUUAGUACUGAUUGGAGUAGACAGAUGGUUAGCCGUAAAGUAUCCUAUGCAAAGUAUGGCUACAGCUACGAGAAGCAGAAGACUAGUAAUUAUAGCAUGGGUCCUGAGCUUCGUGUUAAGCAUACCACAGAUUAUUAUAUUUAACGUGGUUAGAGGCCCUUUCAUUGAAGAAUUCUCGCAGUGUGUUACUCAUGGGUUCUACACAGAACCUUGGCAGGAACCAACUUACACCACCUUGACAUUUCUUUUCAUGUUUAUUUUACCCCUGGUCAUUCUUGUGUCAACAUACGUGUCUACAGUUAGGACUAUUGCUCACAGUGAAAAAUUAUUCCAGCCCGAAGUGGGAAGACUAGAGAAGAAACACUUUACUCCAGAUAUGAACCGACGCAGAUUAAUAAAUAGAGCUAAAAUGAAGUCUUUAAGAAUGUCAGUAGUCAUUGUAGCUGCCUUCCUCAUUUGGUGGACUCCUUAUUAUGUAAUGAUGAUGAUUUUCAUGUUUUGGAACCCAGAUAAUGAACUUAGUGAGGAACUUCAAAAUGGGAUAUUCUUUUUUGGAAUGUCAAACAGUCUAGUCAACCCCGUGAUUUACGGUGCAUUCCAUUUAUGGCCCAAAAAAAGAGCACACCGACGCAGUGACAGGGAAUCCGGUGGUCUUCACGCAUCACUUCUUCGUCGUGGCAACAACAACACAUCUUCGACGCGUCUGACUACGCGGUCAAUGCGUUCCUCCUCAAAAUAUUCCAAUGGAAAUAACGUUAGUUUGUUAUAA